CUCUCUUUCUUGGGCUUCUGGGGUGGUGCUCUAAUGGGCCCCACGGUGGGAGCAGCUCUCUGCUGCCCCCACCUGAGUCGGGCCUGUAGGUGGCAGGUAUUGGGUUAGGCCCGGCCCCCUCAGGGCCUAGCCACUCAGGUACCAGGCCCAUCCCCCUCCUCUUGGGCUGGGCUCUUUUUUAUAAAGGGCCAUGCUGUCCCUCACUUAGAAGCAGCUUUUUGACUCCUUCUCAAGUCUCUGUCUCCUCGUCUCCUCGUCUCUUCGCUUCCACUCCAGCCUCCACCAUGUCCACAAGGGUGACCCAGAAGACCUACAAGGUGUCCACCUCUGGCCCCCGGGCCUUCAGCAGCCGCUCGUACUCGAGUUCUACCGGCUCCCGCAUCAGCUCCUCGCCCUUUUUCCGGGCAGGCAGCGGCUACCGGCCUGCUCUGGGCAUCAACAUGAAUCUGGCCGGGGGCUACCGCGGGGCUGGGAAUAUGGAGACCAUUACAGCUGUCCAAGUGAACCAGAGCCUGUUGAGCCCCCUGAAGCUGGAGGUGGACCCCAACAUCCAGGCCGUGCGCAACCAGGAGAAGGAGCAGAUCAAGACCCUCAACAACAAGUUUGCCUCCUUCAUCGACAAGGUGCGGUUCCUGGAACAGCAAAACAAGGUCCUGGACACCAAGUGGACCCUGUUGCAGGAGCAGGGCACCAAGACCGUGAGGCAGAACCUGGAGCCUUUGUUUGAGCAGUACAUCAACAACCUCAGGAGACAGCUGGACAGUGUCCUGGGGGAGAGGGGUCGCUUGGACUCAGAGCUCAGGAACAUGCAGGACCUGGUGGAGGACUUUAAGAACAAGUAUGAAGAUGAAAUCAAUAAGCGUACCACCGCUGAGAAUGAGUUUGUGAUGCUGAAGAAGGACGUGGAUGCUGCCUACAUGAGCAAGGUGGAGCUAGAGGCCAAGGUCGAUGCACUGAUGGAUGAGAUCAACUUCUUGAAGAUGUUCUUUGAGGCGGAGCUGUCCCAGAUGCAAACACAUGUCUCAGACACAUCUGUGGUCCUGUCCAUGGACAACAACCGCAGCCUGGACCUGGACAGCAUCAUCGCUGAGGUCAAGGCCCAGUAUGAGGACAUUGCCAACCGCAGCCGGACAGAAGCCGAGUCCUGGUACCAGACCAAGUAUGAGGAGCUGCAGCAGUCAGCUGGCAGGCAUGGCGACGAUCUCCGCAGCACCAAGCAUGAGAUCUCCGAGAUGAACCGGAUGAUUCAGAGGCUGAGAGCUGAGAUCGACAAUGUCAAGAAGCAGUGCGCCAACUUGCAGAACGCCAUCGCUGAAGCUGAGCAGCGUGGGGAGCUGGCCCUCAAGGACGCCAGGAACAAGUUGGCCGAGCUGGAGGAUGCCCUGCAGAAGGCCAAGCAGGACAUGGCUCGGCUGCUAAGGGAGUACCAGGAGCUCAUGAACACCAAGCUGGCCCUGGACGUGGAGAUUGCCACCUACAGGAAGCUGCUGGAGGGCGAGGAGUGCAGAUUGAGUGGAGAAGGAGUUGGACCAGUCAACAUCUCUGUCAUCACAAACAGUGUCUCCUCUGGCUACGGUGGUGGCGGUGGCUAUGGCGGUGGCUAUGGCGGUGGCUAUGGCGGCGGCCUUGGCGGAGGUCUUGGCGGCGGCCUUGGCGGCGGCCUUGGCGGAGGUCUUGGCGGAGGUCUUGGAGGUGGCGGCAGCAGCGGCUACUACUCCGGCAGCAGUGUGGGUGGCGGCCUAAGCAGUGGGCUCAGUGUGGGGGGCUCUGGCUUCAGUUCAAGCAGUGGCCGAAGCCUGGGGGUGGGCUUUGGCAGUGGCGGUGGCGGUGGUGGUGGUGGUGGGGUCAGCAGCUCCAGCGUCAAAUUUGUGUCCACCACCUCCUCCUCCCGGAAGAGCUUCAAGAGCUAAGAGCCUGCUGCAAGUCACUGCCUCCUAAGGGCAGCAACACGGCCCCUGGUGGCUGCCUCUUCUAGGUGGUUACCAAGCCAAGUUUUCUCUUUUACUGGAGUGUAGUCUAGACCAAGCCUAUUGCAGAACCAUCGUCUUUGGUUCCUGGAAGGGCUCAAUCCCCAGUCUUUAAUCUCCUAUGCGGUGAUUCUAUGUUCUGCUUCAAAUCAGCCUUUAGGUCUCUACAGCAUGGUCCUUGUUGAGAAAAAAAUCCAAAGUUUUCCAGUAUCUGAACUAUCAAAACCAAGUCCCACCCCCAAUCCCAAAUUUUGUUCUGGUUCUGACUACCUCCAUAGUGUGUUCAAUAAAAUGC